AUGCAUUGUGUUGCUCCUUCAUCUGGUGCUAUUGGUUUCAAGUCCAUAACCUUCCCAACCGUUUCCCAUCGCCUCGCUCAACCAACCAAUCUCACCGUUCAAUGUGUAGCAAGCCGUUUUGACGCCGCCGCUGCCAACCCAACUAAUCCUCCCCUGUCGGCGCCCACGCACACCACCACCAACUUCGCAUCUGGGGGGGUUGGUAAGAGCCGAACCGAUUGGCAGAGCUCAUGUGCUAUCUUAGCUAGCAAGGUCGAAUCGCAGCAGCAGAACACCGACAAGUCCAGCGGCACUGAUAAUAAUAUCACCCUUGUCAACGGACAUAGCAGUCUAGAUCUAGUUCCGAUUCAUAACUUGCCCAAGCCACUCACCAUCGCUGACUUAUCACCGGCGCCGAUGCACGGUUCGCAGCUGCGCGUUGCGUAUCAAGGUGUACCUGGUGCGUAUAGUGAGGCCGCCGCCGGUAAAGCUUAUCCGAAUUGUGAGGCCAUUCCUUGUGACCAAUUUGAGGUCGCAUUUCAAACGGUGGAGCUUUGGAUUGCAGAUCGUGCUGUUUUGCCGGUUGAAAAUUCGCUAGGCGGCAGCAUACAUCGGAAUUACGAUCUACUUCUUCGCCACCGUCUCCACAUCGUUGGAGAAGUCCAGCUCCCGGUUCACCACUGCCUCCUGGCCUUACCAGGCGUCCGAAAAGAAUACCUGAACCGCGUGAUAAGCCAUCCGCAAGCUCUGGCUCAGUGCGAGCUAACUCUCACCAAACUCGGCUUGAACGUCACUCGCGAGGCCGUCGACGAUACUGCCGGAGCAGCCGAAUUCGUUGCGGCAAACAACCUCCGCGACACAGCUGCAAUCGCAUCUGCACGCGCCGCGGAGCUGUACGGCAUGAACAUCCUGGCGGACGGAAUCCAGGACGAUUCAAGCAAUGUUACACGGUUCGUGAUGCUGGCUCGUGAGCCAAUCAUACCACGGAUCGACAUCCCGUUCAAAACAAGCAUCGUAUUCGCUCACGACAAAGGAACGUCGGUUCUGUUCAAAGUUCUAUCGGCGUUCGCAUUCCGCAACAUCAGCUUAACAAAAAUCGAAAGCCGGCCACAUCGCAACCGUCCGAUCAGGCUGGUUGGCGACGAGAACGUCGGAACCGCAAAACACUUCGAGUACCUGUUCUACGUUGAUUUCGAAGCUUCCAUGGCGGACGUUAGGGCACAAAACGCAUUGGCAGAGGUUCAAGAAUUCACAUCGUUCCUGAGGGUGUUGGGUAGCUAUCCCAUGGACAUGACCCCUUGGUCACCUUCUCAAUGAUCGAUUUAUGACGUCAUUAUUUUUAUUACUCUUGUGUUUAGUUAUGAUUUUUAAAUCUGUGUAUUUUCACUUGGGGUUUAAUGUGUACGUAAAUAUGGUGUGGACUCCAUAUCCAUUUGAAAGAGAGAAUUAGGGGUUCAUAAUCCCCAAACUUCUAAACAAAUUGUGUAUGUUUUUCUUAAUAUUUUUUAUCAAAUCAAUUUAUUACGUAA